UCUUCAUGUAUUGCAUUAUUGAAUGCAUUUGCCUUUUUCCCCACCAGUCCUCAAAGAUCUAGUUCGAUUAGGAUCUUGUUUUCUUAUUACUUGAGAAGAUUUGGAAUCAGUGCAAGAUCAGUUUGUACAGAUUUUGCAAUCUGCAACUUGGUUAUCCUAAUAAUAUCUCAAGAGAUUCUAUCAACCCUAAUCCUCUAUCCUCUUUAAAGCCCGUCUCAGAUCCAAUCUGAGAUAUAUCCUUUCUGCAGCAAAUUUCCUUGCCAACUUGGGCUUAAAACCCAACAACCCUAAUCACUAAUAUUCGCUAUACAAUGACUUUCCUCCCAAAUAACGAAUUUGACCUGUCGGAUUUCAAUUCCAUCUCAUUUCAACCAGAGAAAGCUUACAAAAAUGCUCUGGACUUCUAUAUUCAGGAGUUUUCACAAGAUGGUUUUGGUAACCCCAGUUCAAGUAGCGUUGGGAAGAAGGCAGGCGCUCAACCCAGCAAGCAGAUUAUUCACAAAAUGAUUGAAAGGAAGCGGCGGAAGGACAUGAAUUUUCUCUACUCAGAGCUGAGGUCACUACUUCCGGAUGAAAGAAUUCGGGGAAACUGUUCAGUAUCAGACCAACUGGACGAAUCUGUUAAUUACAUCCGUCAUCUAGAGCAACAGAUCAAAGAUCUAAAGAAGGAAAGAGACAAGAAGAACACUCGUGCAGGUUGCUUUAAGGGCGUUGAAAUAUCCAAGCCGCUGGAAUUUCAUGAUGAGGGUUUCCCAUCAAUUAAAAUAAAGUCAUGCGGUUCAGCUGCAUUUCAGGUAUAUAUAAACUCGAUCCACAAUCAGAUUGCCUUGUCCGAUGUUCUUCUGGUGUUGGAAGAAUGUAGAGUUGAAGUUGUGAGUGCUGCUUUGUCAGUGGCUAAUGAAAAAGUCUUCCAUACCAUACAUGCCAAGGUAACAGACGAUAGCAUUGCUAAUAUCGACCUACUGUAUGUUAAACUUCAGCAUUUGAUCAGGUAAGCUUAAGGCAGGAUGUUAGACUGUUCAAUCGUAGAUAAUUCUAGGAUUACAAGCUUUGCCUUCUCUAUUGCUAGUACUUGACAUCUGCAGUUCUGAAAACCCUUUGGAACUGAAGAUUGUAGAAUGGGACCUUGAAUUGAAAGCUUUAAUUUGACGAAGUCUGUACUUAAAUAUUAAUGUUUUCGUUAUGGUAUGUCAAACAAGGGCAACAUAUA